CUUGGCGCUAGCCCUCAGUUAACCGAUAGCCGCUUGAGGCGAAUCCUCCGACUUGGGCAGCGCUGGGACGCAGUCGUGCUCGUGGACGAGGCGGACGUGUUCCUACAGGAAAGAGAUAAGGUCGACAUAUCAAGGAAUGCCCUAGUUUCGAUCUUUCUCAGACAAGUCGAGUACCAUCCCGGCAUCCUCAUCUUCACUACGAACCUGAUCCAGCAGAUUGAUUCCGCCUUCGAAAGUCGUAUCCACUUCUGCGUGAAGUAUCCGGACUUGGACUUCGUGUCUCGUAGAGCUGUCUGGACAACCUUCCUCUCUAAGGCCGGCAUCACCAAGGAAGACAUCAGCGAACGCGAUCUUCAUCGUCUUGCCCAGAUUCCAUUGAACGGACGCCAGGUUCGUGAGUUCAUUAGUUGA